AGCCUCAUUUGUGAUUUUAGAAAUUUUAUGGGGUUAAUCGAAAACCAAUACAGAGGGUUUUAAAAGGGUUUCAUCGUUUAUACGCAGUAGUCGCUUUGGCUUCUUCACCUGUUCAAAUUGGGAUCGAGGUUUUCCUGAUACCAAACGGUUGUGCAAGGAGCUGAGUGCAAAUAUUCAAAUCGAAUCAAAAUGCUUCAGAUGGAUUUGCCAGACGUUUGUUUUGACGAAAAUAUGGAUUUGGAGAUGGAAAUUGAGAUCAGAGAAGUCGUUGAUGUGGAUGACAGGCCUGGAUUUAUUGCCCUAAUGAAAUCCCUAUAUGGAGAACAUUUAGCAAGGACAAAUAAAUUGGGGAGAGAUGCACCAGAGACUAUUGAAGCUACAUAUUGUCCACCCGAUAUUUUUGAUUGGGUCUGUAUGUAUGGCGCAUUAGAUUGCACCAAAGCUUUACUUGAAGGAGACCCUUUCAUAGUAGAUCCUAAUCUUCCUUUUAAAGUUGGAUUAUAUCCAUUGCAUAUUCUUGCUGAAGAUUUCUCGUAUGAUAUGAUUGACUUAUUACUUCGCCACGGGGCUUGGACUGAUGUCAAAACCAUAGAAGGCGAAUACAGGGGUGACUUGCUGCCUAUUGAUAUAGCACUUCAAAUGUUAAGUUAUCAUCGAUGCCUGUCUAAUUGGACUCCAAAGCAGUCUAUUUUCAAGUUGAUUGUUAUUCUUUCCCUGCCGCAAAUGAAAGUACCAUUAGAAACCAAUAGGUUGCUUGCAUGGAACACAAAGGAUGUCAGUAAUAUAUUUUACAAUUAUGCUAUAGAGGGAGAACUUAUUCCAAUGGCUGCUCUGCUGAUGGUGGCUCGAGAAAAGAUUAUGGCUCCGAGCAUGCUGCAGAGCAAAGAUAGUACUGGUGUAGAAGGAGGCAUGAUGAUCCACCAAUGCAUCCUUAAAGAGAUUGCAUUACUAACUGACGAGGAGGUGGAAUUAGUGGGCAAUGUUAAAGAUUCUACUCAUCGUCUUAAGAAUAAGAAGGCAGCGAUGAAUAUGGCGCUGCUGUUGCUUAAAGUUUUUGAUAGGGCUGGUGAUGCUAUUGAAACAUAUAGGCAGUCUGUACGAUAUCAUACGUCAAAAGAAAUGGUGGUGAAAGACAUCAAAGCGCUGCUUCAGGAAUCGGGGAUUGUUUUGGCGGACAAAGACAUAGACUUGAGUGACAUAGACUGUGAAAGUGAAGAGAUCAAGCUGGCAACAGAAGUGUUAGAAAAGAGAACAUCAUUUAGGUCUCAAAUUCAGGAUCUUGGCAUGCCACUCCACUCAUCGUCAUGCCAUUUUUCCCCGACAAAGAAUCCAGUUACCAACAAAAUUAAUGAGCAAAGGUGGGCUAUGUAUAAAUUUCUUCCAUUAGCAUCGCCUGUUAUAACACGGGCACGACCGGACUAUACAUUCCAGUUGACGGAUAAAUUCACAUCCGCGAUACCUUUUUACCGGUUACCAUUGACGAAGAAGAGGAUGGGACCAGCGAGCAGAGCGAUGAAAAUUCCACCUUCGUUUCUUCUGACUUUAAAAGAUUUUGCAUCCUUUGGAUUAGCAAUCAAGAGAGGGUUAACACGCAUAUGAUUUGCCUAAGCACCAUUCUUGAAGGUGAGAGUGAUAUCUUUCCCUCGAUUUUCUGGUUCAAGGGAAUUUGCCCAUCAAAUCAUUAACAUAGAACGUAUCCCGUGCACUAGUUUUGUCAAAUUAAUUGAAGUUUGGGAAUUUGUACAACAGUAGAAGAUUUGCACAACAAUUGAAGUUUGGUUCCCAUGGUUUUUUGUUAAUGACAUUCAUACAGGUAGAUUAGUUUUA